UUACAGAGAAACAGAGAGAGAGAGAGAAAGCGCCUGCCGCUAAAUUCGGCGGAGAUUUUAGAGGUGGUGCCACCUUGCUAACUUGCACCUGCUCUGCCCAACUUGAUAUUGCCAAAAUUGCACCGGACGGCCAUUUUUUCCUUUUUGGGUUUCUCUUUGUUUUUGCUUCAUUUUUUCCUAUGCUUUGACCGUCUAGUGACAAGAUUCUGGUGGGUUUUGAUUAUGUUAUAUCGUUGCUCUUCUUGGUUUGAAGUGAGCUAGGUUAAGCUUUGAAUCGGCAAGUGUUUUUUUGUUUUUUUUUAGCCUUUUGUGUCAAAGGUGUAAUCGUUUUUUUGCAUUAUUAUUGUUGGUAAGAAAAAGGAAGAAAAAAUGGGUGAUAGUGAAGAAGGUAACACUGAUGUGAUGCAAAGGAUUCAAUCUUCAUUUGGGACAUCAUCAUCUUCAAUUCCUAAACAACCUUUGUCAAUGAACCAACUCGAAAUACCUCAGUUGAAUCCUAAUCAAAUCAGGGCUGCUAGACAUUUCUCUCAUUUUGGCCAAAACUUUAAUGGUGGUGUUGGUGAUGCUGCUAAUAAAAGAGUCGGUAUCCCUCCUUCACACCCUAACCAGAUCCCGCCCAUUUCGCCUUAUUCACAGAUCCCUGUGUCCCGCCAAAUGAACCAGCAAAUGGGUUCUCAGAGUUUUAGUCCGGGACCUACUCAUUCCCGGUCUUUGUCACAGCCUUCUUCAUUCUUUUCCCUUGAUUCUUUGCCUCCCUUAAGCCCUUCACCGUUUCGUGAUUGUUCGUCUGUGGCGGUUCCAGACCAAAUUUGUACUGAUGUGUCUAUGGAAGACAGGGAUGCAGCUUCGCAUUCUUUGUUGCCACCCUCUCCUUUUUCUAGGGGGAAUUCUCCACGGGUUGGAGAGAGUUUGCCCCCUCGAAAGUCCCAUAGGCGGUCCAAUAGUGAUAUUCCAUUUGGAUUUAAUACGAUAAUGCAAUCUUCACCACCUCUUAUUCCGUUAAGGGGUUCGGGUGGUUUGGAACGAUCAGUGUCUGGAAAGGAAAAUUCGGGAGUGCCUAAGCCAGCUCAGUUGGUGAAGAAGGAAACUAGUUGGGAGAGAGGUGCUGAUGGAAAUGCGGAAGGAAUGGGUGAGAGGAAAUCGGAAGGGGAAGUUGUGGAUGAUUUGUUUUCUGCUUAUAUGAAUUUGGAUAACAUUGAUGCGUUGAAUUCUUCUGGCACUGAUGAUAAGAACAAUGGUACUGAGAAUCAUGAAGAUUUGGAUAGCAGAGCAAGUGGAACAAAGACCAAUGGAGGUGAUAGCAGUGAUAAUGAAGCGGAAAGCAGUGUGAAUGAAAGUGGGAACAGUGCGCUGCGAGGUGGAAUGAAUUCAACUGACAAGAGGGAAGGGAUCAAAAGGAGUGCAGGAGGAGAUAUUGCUCCAACCGGUAGACACUAUAGAAGUGUUUCCAUGGAUAGUUUUAUGGGGAAGUUGAACUUUGGUGAUGAGUCUCCAAAAUUACCACCUUCACCUGGAACUCGUCCUGGACAACUGUCGCCUAGCAAUUCAAUUGAUGGGAAUUCAGCUGCCUUUAGUUUGGAGUUUGGAAAUGGUGAGUUCAGUGGGGCUGAACUGAAGAAAAUUAUGGCAAAUGAGAAGCUUGCUGAGAUUGCAAUGUCUGACCCAAAACGUGCGAAGAGGAUUCUUGCAAAUCGUCAAUCAGCUGCUCGUUCCAAAGAACGGAAGAUGCGGUAUAUUUCAGAGUUGGAGCACAAGGUUCAGACUCUGCAGACUGAAGCUACCACAUUGUCUGCUCAGCUAACACUUUUACAGAGAGAUUCUGUUGGGCUUACAAAUCAGAACAACGAGUUGAAAUUUCGCCUUCAAGCCAUGGAGCAACAGGCACAACUCCGUGAUGCUCUAAAUGAAGCAUUAACUGCAGAGGUCCGGCGAUUAAAGCUUGCUACUCAAGAGCUAGGUGGUGAUUCUGACCCCUCCAAGGGCAUGGUUUCCCAACAGCUUUCUGUUAACCACCAGAUGUUCCAGCUACACCAGCAGCAGUCUUCCCAGCUUAACAUUUCUCAUCAGUUCCAGCAGCAGCAGCUGCCGCCACAGCCCCAACAGCAGAAUGGGAACACAACUGCAAAAACUGAGUCGAAUCAGUAGCUCGUGACCUUCAGAAGAGUUGAAAAGUCAAGAUGCCAGUCCAAUCAGUAGCUUGUGAGUCUUGGAAGAGUUGAAAAGUCGUGAUGCCUAGUUGACUAUGCUAUUAUUCCGUAAUUUCUUCAUGCGCAUUCAUUCAUUAGUUUUCCAUCUAUAACUUCAAUGAAUUUCAUGGUUGUGGUAAUUGCAGUUCAACCUGUGUCGGACAUCUAUCUCGGAUCAUGGUACGAAGUAAUAUACAGCUUAAAUAAUCAUAUCAUUUACAGUUAUAGCUUUUAAUUAUUUAUGGUAGAUAAUCAUCUUAUUGGAAUGUAAAACAUUAAGUUGACAUGAUUUGUUGCCAUGAUAUUAGAAGAGUUGAACUUAACUCUUCAGUCUUUUGUGUCGUUUCAGUAAAGAGUUGGGUAUUUCGUUUAACUGUUUGCCCAUUGGCUUGUCCAGUUUGAUCUAUCAAUGGAUGUUAAAUAUCUUACCUUA